GAACGAAUGUCAAUCGCCAAUUUGACAGAGGCCGACCACAUCCCAGAGCAUGGACCGCCACCUUCUGAGCGAGAGCACGCCGUCGCCGCCCCAUGCGCCGCGCCUUGCGCCGCCAAUGCUGCUGCCUGAGAAGCCGCGCGUGAUGCCGUACCGCCAACCCACCGAAGACAAGUGGGUCGAAGCAAGCUCGGACGACGAAGACCAAGGCCAGGCGUCGGACGACGACGAGUACGACAGCCCGCAGCGCGCCAAGCCCACGGUCGCCGCCAGCAACACACCGACGGCGACUGAGACGCCAGGCCACAGCAAGAACCCGAUCGAGGCCGACGGCGAGGACAAGGAACGCAUGAUGUCCAAGACCGUUCCGUUCCUCGAGAAGACGUACAUGAUGCUCGAGCAGUGCACGCCGAGCGUCGCGUCGUGGGCGCCCGAUGGGCUCUCGUUUGUCGUCUACAACGCCGACAAGUUUGCGUCCGAAGUCAUCCCGAUGUACUUUAAGCACAGCAAGUUCUCGUCUUUUGUGCGCCAGCUCAACUUUUACGGCUUUCGCCGCCUCAAGAGCCGCGGCAAGCCGCACUUUAACGGCGACCAGAUGAUCUACCACCAGUUCCGCCACCCCAAGUUUGUUCGUGGCCGCCCGGAGCUCUUUCACUCGAUCCAGCGCAAGCGCCAUGGCCAGAACAUGACCAUGAUUGACCCGCCGGCGCCGCCGACGGGCCAUGCGAUCCACCCGCACCACCAUCCGCACGCGCACAGCGCGCCGCCAACGUACGCGCACCACAGCAUGCACCACCCGGUGCACGGCGCGCCGCCAGCGCCGGUCGUCUUGCCGCCCGUGGAUCCGUUCUGCAAGGAAGAGACGCUGCAAAUGCUCUGCGUAAACGUCCGGCAUCUCACGAGCGUCGUCCAGAUCAUGAGCGAAGAGCUCCGCGAGACGAAAUGGACGAUCCGGUCGCUUCAAGACACGAUUGCGCGCCACGAACAUACCAUCGCGUCGUACGAGAGCAGCAUGAACCCGCCGAGUGCCAACGCUCAUAUUGUGUACCGGCGAUGAAUUCACGGUCCUGUAGUUAGUUUAGUGUAGUAGAUAAACACCUAAGUUAGAUUAUUGACUCGACACCACA